GUCUGGAUAACCUCCUAAUCUCUCCCUUUCCCCGGUGUCCACCCCUUAGACUUUCCCGAAAGUGAGAUUCGACUGCUGUUCGGUUUUCCCUGCGAAUUGCCUGCCACCUUUCCCACCACCACCAAACCCCCCUCUGGCUCUCGACCACUCCAAACCUUUCACCGUCCUUAUUACCUGUAAUAGAGCUCAGCGAGCUCCCAGAUCUACCCAUUAUGGCUAACGACGAGUAUGAUUUCCUCUUCAAAGUUGUCCUCAUUGGAGACUCCGGUGUUGGAAAGUCCAACCUCUUGAGUCGUUUCACCCGCAACGAGUUCAACCUGGACUCCAAGUCCACCAUCGGCGUUGAAUUCGCGACCCGCUCCAUUCAGGUCGAUUCGAAGACAAUCAAGGCGCAAAUUUGGGAUACUGCUGGUCAGGAACGUUACCGUGCCAUCACCUCCGCUUACUAUCGUGGUGCCGUUGGCGCCCUGCUCGUCUACGAUAUCAGCAAGCACCAGACUUACGACAAUGUCAACCGGUGGCUGAAAGAGCUCCGCGACCAUGCUGACUCCAACAUCGUGAUCAUGCUGGUUGGUAACAAGAGCGAUUUGAGACACCUGCGCGCCGUGCCUACCGAAGAAGCCAAGCAAUUUGCCAGCGAGAACAACCUUUCUUUCAUUGAAACAUCCGCUCUUGAUGCAAGCAAUGUCGAGCUUGCUUUCCAGAAUAUCCUCACAGAAAUCUACCGCAUUGUCUCCAGCAAGGCUCUGGAGGGUGGUGACGCAGGCCAGACUGUCCUUGGCGACCGUCGCGAUAUGGUGAAGAUCGAGCAGUCGGACACCUCCGAGACCAAGCAGGGAUGCUGUUAAAGAAACCAUGAUAUCGGGGGAACGUGUGACAUGCCAACCGGAACGAUUUUAUUUUUGUGAUGUGAUACUUGAACGGUCUUGAGCUCUCUUUCUGUCUGUUUCUUAGCCUCCUGGAGAUGAUACACAAGACUGAAUGGCACUUGGGGUUAUGGACAUGAUAUGGCGGUGUUUGCUGGACAUCACAAUACUCCCGACACCUUGUUUCUGUCACCUUUUACGUCUUCGACUUUUAUUAUUUUUUUUCUUUUUUUUCUUUUUUUGUUUGGUUUGGUGGUUCGACCUGAUGCUUUUUUUUCUAUACUCUAAAGAUGACGAAAUUGAUCAUUCUUUUGAAUUUCCCUUGCCUCUGUCCCUUGCAUGAAUAUAUGUCCC